AUGAGCCAGCCCCCGGCGACUGCGCAGACAACCGCCAGACCAGACCAGGCCACCAGACAGCACCCUACACCACCAGGUAACGAUAACGUCAUUCGAGUUUCGACAUACAUAGACCGCUUGAUAGAGCCAAACCGCCCCGGCCUACGUCCGACCAUGAUAAAGUCGUUCGGCUCAAUCUACGCUGGACCCGCUCAGCAUUACGCUGCGCACGGUAAUCUGAACGUCAAAGUUGGAAACCCAGCUACCGUCCAUCUUCCCAUCCUCACCUUCCAAACGCUCUACACACAUAUGUUCACAAAUGAGCCCGGUCUCCACGUCAAUGCAAUGUUACCUUUCGAUACAUGCAUGACCCGGGGAUCAGACGAAACUGUCACAGCAUUUGUCCCUCAGCUCGACCUGUAUGGGAUCGCGGUCGCAGACACGGUCAGGCAUCGAGAGACCCGUGACAAUCUUCCCGCUCGGGCGGAUGGGUGCAUCGAGAGCUCACCCACGUAUCCAACUUUACCCCAUGCACCAUUUGGAUGGAAGCUCCCACCACACAUCUGGAUCCCCCGCAGGCAGCUGGUCGGUUUUGGAGUCACAGUGGCGUACAAGGUUUACCUUAAGAAAGCGAGAAAUGGAUCACAGGCAUUCCAGGAGGCAUCCGAACCUCAAGUUCACCUGAAGCCAAGAAAGCCUUGGUUGCCCUGCAGAUCAGUAGACGGUGGCAUGACGCUGCAAGGAACUCUGGUCUCGUGGCAGCUGGAAAUGGUGCAAGAAUCGAUCGUGACGAUAAUGGCCAUGAUUCUAUCCUCCUGA